AUGCCGGAAAAUCAACUUAAGGAUAAUGGCUUCUCGCCAUCAACGGCUGGAAACAAGACUCUUCAUCUUCCUCGAGCAGAAAUCAAUCCUUAUUACCCUAGGUUUGAUAUUUAUUCGAAUCUUAAUGCUCAAGAAAACCCUAGUUUUCCAGAUGAUUUUCCACUGGAAUCUGAGUUCAGUCGGCUUAAUCUAUCAGCGCCCUGUAAUCCAUUUCCUUCUACGGAACUAUUGUCUUAUGGCGGCUCUAUCCUAGAAAAGAAUUCACUAGUUGAUUUGCCGAUGGCCCUGGGGUUUGCACCGGCUCCCUAUGAGAAACCACAGUUUCCUAUUGGCGAUUUCCAGGGGAUGAGCAUUCAAUCCGCUGUGAAGGGACAGAUGGGCUUGUAUGCGCAACCGCGAAAUUACUCAUUGGGAGACGAGGGUUUGGAUGCAAUUUCUGGUCUGAAUUCGAGGGCAAUUUUUGAAUAUGAUUUGUACAAUGGUGGGUUAAAUUUGAACGGAGAAACAAUUAGGUACCCUACUACACGGCUUCCGUCACAUUUGCCUUAUGAAAUGAGAUAUGGAAGUCAGCCUAAUAUGAAUAGAAAUGGUUUCAAGCUUGAUACCAGUAAGUUUCAGGAUAGAGGAGCAUCCAUGUGGGGGAUUGAAGCUAACAAUUCAGGGAUUUUGCUGUCUCCAUUUCGCUCAAAUUUCCCCUCUUCGGAAAAUAUGAGGGGCAAACUUUUCAUGGAGGCCAAGGAUCAAUAUGGUUGCCGUUUCUUGCAGAAGAAGAUUGAGGGUGGAAAUCCUGAAGAAAUACAGUUUAUUUUCUCUGAGUUGAAGGAUUAUGUGCGUGAAUUGAUGGUGGAUCAGUUUGGGAAUUAUCUUAUGCAGAAGUUUUUUGAGAUCUGCAAUGAACAACAGAUGAAUCAGCUACUUUUAAUUGUAACCAGUGAUGACCGCUCUCUCCUUGAUGUAUGUCUCGAUAUGCACGGAACUAGGGCUAUGCAAAAAUUGCUUGAGCAUCUCACAACCUCACAGCAAAGGAACCUGGUCGUAUCAGUUUUAAGACGCAUCACUAUUACAUUGACGAAAAGCGUGAAUGGUCAUCAUGUCAUUCAGCAUUGCUUGAAUUUUUUCUCCACUGAAGAUAAUGAGCAUAUAUUGAAUAUUGUAGCUGAUAACUGUCUUGGGAUUGCAACCGACAAAAGUGGAUGUUGUGUUCUUCAACAAUGUGUAGCACGUGCUAAUGGAAAACCAUGGGAACGCCUCGUGGGAGAGAUAGCUGCAAAUGCUUUGGUUUUAUCAGAACAUCCUUAUGGGAAUUAUGUUGUGCAGUAUAUAUUGUGCCUGAAGAUACCUCAGGUUACAGCAAAGACAUUGGAGCAACUUGCUGGAGCUUAUGCUUCUCUUUCCAUGAAUAAAUAUGGAAGCAAUGUGGUCGAAAAAUGCCUCAAGGAGUCUGAAGAACAUCAAGCUUUGAAGAUAGUCAAUGAGAUUAUUAGGAGUCCAACUUUCUUGAUGGUUCUUCAGGAUCCUUAUGGGAACUAUGUUGCUCAGUCUGCACUGGCAAUCUCUAAGGGAGCUACACGUCAUGCUAUGAUUCACCUAAUUCAUCUGCACUAUGAGUUGCUUCACAGCCAUCCCCAUGGGAAAAGGGUGCUUGCACGAAUCCAAGGAAGAAAGCAGCGUGUAUGA